AUGUGUAAAUCAUGCAUGCCCUCUCAGGUCAAAAUGACCGGUUCUGAAGCCAUGUGCGCUGCACAUGCGAAAUCCAAGUCGUAUCCUGAGAUGGUUGAUUUUUUACGGUCCAGACUAUUCAAAUGGUCGGGCGAUGCACGAACAUUUGACAAAGACGGGCCCUACAUAGAGAUGGUGACCACUUCGAAUAACUCGGACGGUUUUAUCAGAGAGCCCGUUGUUAAUCGGGCCAAAGGAAUGCCCGUCCAUGAUCUUGCUUACUAUUGGCCACAAUAUACAUCAAUUACUUCUUCUGAAGAUCAUGACAUCAUGCUUUUCACGGUUUCCAAAUGCACUGGCCAUGCAGGAUCAAGAAUCGGAUGGGCGAUUGUUAAGGAUGAAGCAGUCGCUAGAAAAAUGGUGAAGUUCAUCAAAGUCAGCACAAUCGGAGUGUCGAAAGAGCCGCAAAACAGAGCAGCCACCAUUCUUGAAAUCAUUUCCCUUAGUUGA